UCAUGAUAACUUAUUCUAAUAUUCCACCCAGAUCUAUUACUCCAAGAACUUCUUAUAUACCAGUUGUAAAUCAUUCACAAUAUAUUAAGCCUACUCCACAAAUGUAUUCAUAAAAGAUUAUUCCCAUAUAACCAAAAUAAAUUGUACCAACUACAGAAAUCAUUCGCAUUCUUCCAACUGAACCCUAAUAAUCAUAAUAACCAUAAUAAGAUCAAAAUUAAUUUAAUGGAUUAUCAUUAUCUGAACUUAAGGCAUUUCUAGAAGAUUUAAUGAAUCGUUAUGAUAAAUUAGCUUAAGAAUUACAAAAAGCAGCUCAAAAGGAAAUUUAAUUAUAAAAUUAACUAACUAUUGCUUAAACAGAAUUAAAUAAUAAAUUACUAUAGUUUUAGUAAGAAAGAGAAUCAUAUAUGUAAACCAUUAAUAAUAAGAACUAAGAAAUUGAUUUUUUGAAUUCAUAAAUAGAUUAAUUAAAAGAUUAACAUUUUAAUGAAAUAUAGGAAUUGAAAACAAAUAAUGAACAUAUUGCUUUAGUUUUAACUGACAAGUUAGAUUAAAUGAAUUAAUUUUCCAAAGAAAAAAUUAUAGAAUUAGAUUAAAUUAAGAGUCUACUUGUUCUCAGAGAAUAAGAGGUACAGGAAUGGAGAACAAGAAAAAAUAAUGGUGAUGUUUAUUCACAAGAAAUUAAUUAAUUGAAAUAGAAAAUCUAUUUAUUAUAAUAAGAAAAGGAUUAAUUAAUGGAUAGACUUAGAUAUUCUUAACAAGAUUCUUAAUUAGUCAAUGAAAAUUAAAUGUUGAAAGCCUAAUUACAAGAGAAGGAAUCUGAAAUUAAUACUAUAAGAUUGAAAGUAUAUUAUUUAUGAUAUCCAGCUGAAAUAUGGUUAAACAAAUAAUAAUGAUCAAUAAUUAUACUAAGAAUUAGAAUAAGCCAAAUAAGAGAUAAUGUAUUAUAAGCAAUAAUUAAUUAAUCCUGGUUAGCCUCAUAAUAUAGAGGAAAUUGAAGAUUAUAAAGAUAAGAUUCAAAUAUUAGAAAAUGAGAUUAGAAGAUUAAAUAAAUAAGUAAAAUAUUGAUAAUCUUAUAUUUUAGUUAACAGAGAUGAGACAUGAAUUAGAGGAUUAUAAAAAUCAUAAAUCUGAUAAUGAAUUUCUGAAAUCUAAAUUAUCAGAUUAAUAAAAUUAAAUAAGAGAGAUAUCAAAAUCUUAAUUAGGGUAUAAAGAUAGGAUUCCCCAAUAUUAUUGA